GAGUGUGUGUGUGUCACACAUCCAUUAGUCUGUUCGUAUAGCUGUAAACCCAACCCUCUCACUUUUGACGUCACGCAGCAUAUACGAUGGAUCCGGCUUUAAAUCCCCCACUUGCGCACUGAGCGGCUCCACGCGCGCCCAGUUCCACACCAACUACAGCUGCACGAUAACAGAGGACAGACUGACCGCUGCUGCCGCUGCCGCUGACGUUUGACUCCACAUUUUUCCCAGACUUUCGACUGAGAAUUUUCUCUGUGAUCUACGCCAACUCUUUUUAUUUGAAGGAAAAGUGGACUUUUGUGACUUUAAAAAAAAAAAAAAAUCUUUUCCAGCACAGUCAUCACCAGCUUUAUUUGAAAUUAAUAAAGGUUUAAAAUGAAUGACGAACUUGAUUCAAACCUGACUCUACUUUACAACAACUGGACAUAUUACAAUAACACCUUGGAGCCUUUCGUACCGAGGAACAACAUAACCUAUGUUGGAUAUUACCUGCACCAGCCGUCCACUGUGGCCAUCUUCAUCGUCUCCUACCUGCUGAUAUUCCUCGUGUGCAUGGUGGGGAAUGGAGUGGUUUGCUUCAUCGUGCUGAGGAGCAAAAACAUGCGGACGGUUACCAACUUGUUCAUUUUGAAUCUUGCGGUCAGUGAUCUCCUGGUCGGGAUUUUCUGUAUGCCUACAACACUACUUGACAACAUAAUUACAGGAUGGCCAUUUGGAAGCUUGGUCUGCAAAAUGAGUGGCAUGGUCCAAGGCAUCUCGGUGUCAGCAUCUGUUUUCACCCUGGUAGCCAUUGCAGUUGACAGGUUCAGAUGCAUCGUCUAUCCAUUCAAACAAAAGCUCACCAUAUCCACAGCCACCUUGAUAAUAGUCGUUAUCUGGGCCCUGGCCAUAUCCAUUAUGUGUCCUUCUGGGGUGAUGCUACAAGUGACUAAGGAGCAAACCAUUCAAGUGUUACUGGGAUAUGACAACAAAACUACUCCCUUUUACUGGUGCAGGGAGAACUGGCCGAACCAGGAAAUGAGAAGAAUUUACACCACCGUGUUGUUUGCCAACAUCUACCUUGCACCUCUUUCUCUAAUUGUGAUUAUGUAUGCCCGGAUUGGCAUCACACUUUUCAAAACAACAGUUCCGUCAGCAGGGAAGCCAGGCCAGAACAACCGUUACACAAUCUCCAAGAAAAAGCAAAGGGUGAUUAAAAUGCUUUUAAUAGUUGCACUGCUAUUUAUUCUCUCCUGGUUGCCGCUGUGGACACUCAUGAUGCUGAGUGACUAUGCCAGCCUGACUGAGCAACAAUACAAAAUUAUCAACAUCUACAUUUACCCAUUUGCCCACUGGCUUGCCUUUUUCAACAGCAGUGUCAACCCUAUUAUAUAUGGUUUCUUCAACGAGAAUUUCCGUAGUGGAUUUCAAGCUGUGUUUAAAUUUAGGCAGUGUGCAGUCGAUGGACAGCAGCAGAAGACCUACUCGCAAAGACAGCAGGGGAACACUGUGUUGCCUGCAAACAAUGUGCCAUCCUCUCUGGAACCUAUUUCUCUCAACAGCAUGGACAAAUCCAGCUCCAGGAGAAACAACCAUGUCAAUGAACAAGACCUAGUCAUGGAGGACCUUGAUAAAGCUUCAGGCAGUAGUGGGGGUAUAACAGCUGUUUCAAUCUAAAGACACAGACACAGACAUCCAAGGUAACAUGAAGAGGUUUUAACACACGGAUAAAAUUGCCCUCAUCUUUUAAACCUAAAACUAUGACUUAGUGGUAAACACAGGUCUAUCUCUAAUGAAUACAUUCAAAACAAUUUUAUCAAGGUCAGAUAAAACGACCAAAGCACAAAAAGUCUUUGGGUAUUUUGAAGCAAUUUUAAAGCAUCCUUGUCAGAGCCUGAAUAUUAGAUUUUGAUCAAGUAUGACAUGUAUGUAGAUUGUAUGACAUGGAGUUCUAUUAAAGCAACAGCGUGGGAGUGACAACUGAUUUGCAUUUCGGUUUGUUCUGCCUUGUUGUAGUUGGGAAAAACUCAUACGAGUUUAAGUGAUUGACAUUCUCAUCCUGCUUCUGUUUGUUCUGCAGAACAAAUCAAAAUCAAAUAACAGAGAAAUCAUUGUACUAAAUCAAACAACUCUCAACAAUGUGUGAGUCAAUUCUGUUUCAAAGGAGAUAAAACCACAGUGGGUAAGUUUGAUCGUUUUUAUAUUUAACUGUUAAAGAAAACAAAAUGUACAAAAUACACUACGGCACAUGAGAUUAGAAGCCAGUGGCACACAGUGUCAAAAUGAACAAAUACAAUGACUGAUGUCAUCAC